GCUCAGGGCGUGGCAGCUGAGGAUAAAGACUCAGGCUUGGCAGCUACUUUCUCGCUCUCUCCCAGAACCUCCUCCUCCACUCAGCCAGGGAGCCACAGGUGCCAUGGUCCUGCGCUGACCUGUGGAGCAGGGGGAGGGGGUGGAAGCCACCCCGGUGGCCCUGCUAAAGCUGGACCCCUUCCCUGGCCUCCUCUAGGGCAGCGCUCUGACAUGCAAGGGGUGGCCCUGAGCCUGCUGGUCCUCCUGGCCGGCCUGCCUCCCCUGGACGCCAAUGACCCAGAAGAUAAGGACAGUCCUUUCUACUACGAUUGGCACAGGCUCCGGGUCGGCGGGCUCAUUUGUGCUGCGAUUCUGUGUGCCAUGGGAUUCAUUGUUCUCCUGAGUGGAAAAUGCAAAUGCAAGUUCAACCAGAAGCCCAGCCACCAUGCCGUAGAUGGCCCACCUCUCAUCACUCCAGGCUCUGCUCACAACUGCUGAGGACCAACUAGCCAGAGGAGCACUGAGGGCUUUUUCUACUCCCGUGUCCUGGGCCCAAGACGGCACCGCCCUCCUCUCCCCAGGUGCCUUACUAGGGCUGCAUCUUACCUCUCAUGGAAGGGGGCUCUGUGCUCAAUGUUUAAUAUAAAAUGAUCUUGCUUCUGGUCAA